UUGAAAGUCAGAAUAAAAAAUUUAAGUUUAAUAAAAAUUAUUUCUAAGAAAAAAAAAACGAAAAUUUCAAAAAAGGAUGCUGUCUACCAGAAUUUUUGCAGGCAUUUACCGACAAACUAGCAAUUACAAUGCUGCACCAAUUCUUUCAUUACUCAAUAGAAAUCAGUUUUACUCGAUGAAUUGCAAUGAUAAUAUUACAAGAUUUUUGGCAAAUAAAAACCAUACGAAUGUCUUAAAUAGAAAAGUCUCGGUCACAUCUUUAGAUAACUUACAAAACAGAUAUGUAGCCGAAUUACCAUCAACAACUAUCGUGAGAUACAAAUCUAAUUUACCUACGGAAUUACCAUCGGGAGAUCAACUUCAAAAGUAUUUUUUUAAAAUAUUGGGUUUUGUUUUAGAUAUAUCAAAAACUAUCAUAUGUUGGACAAUCAAAAUAAUCCAAACUAUUAUGAAUCAUCCGAAAACUAAGCAGUAUUGGGCACGUUUGCAGAACAAAAUUGAAGAUGCUAGGAAAAAUUAAAUAUACGGUAGACAAAAUUUCCAACCAACACGACAAAGAGCAGUCUAGAACCAAUUUAGAUUCUCAAAUUUCUAAAAACACUCAAACAAACAUAUGUUUGUGUGAACAAUAAAAUAAACAUAUGUUAGAGAACGUAUAUUAAAAAUACAUGUGAUAAAUGUACAUGCACAUUUAUGUACUUUUAUGUUUUUAACGUUGGAGUUAAUCAAAGUAACACCAAUUUCAUUUAAUAUUCGUAUUUAAUUUUAUAUGAAAUCUCAUAUUUUCUCUUGCAUUAAUUUUACUAAAAUUGAACUUAGCUUUCAUUUCGGUAAAUUCGAAUUAUCUAAUUUAGUUAUAAAGUACAAUAAAAUGGAACAUGGAAAAUAUUUACUGAUUAAUAUUUUGAAAUAAAUGUACCUA